AUGCACUCUCUCCAGUGCCAUUGUGUUGCCACUAACCAGUUUUCCAGGUAUCACGAGCUAGCAGCACUGUUCUUUCUCUUUUGCAUAUUGGCGUUCUUCGCCAGCAGCAAAAGUGCGGAAACUCCCAUUCCCAAGGGAGGCCUCCUGGUGCUGGUGCAGCCAAACAAUGUGCUGCUGGAUGCUCUGGACAACAGAGGCCUGGAGUGGUCGACGGUUAACAAGACAGACAUGAGUGUUUCCCUGUCCAAGGCUACCACCGUUCCUCAGCAAGGCGGGCUGGUGCUUUCGGCUGGGGAGCUACUCCAACUGCUUGGAGAGCAAGAGGGUUCUCUGGGGACCGGGGUCUACCUCCCCAGAGCCAACAUUCUGGAAACCCAAGCUGGCGGUCUCAACAUCUUUUCCAACCUGAAUGAAGAUGCAGUGAUCAUCUUGGAUGUGAACAAAGUUGACUACCAGACGAGCUUCUAUGAGAGCACAGAGAGGUUCUACAUGUCGCUUGGUGCGGAAGCCAGCAUCUCUGGGAACUAUCAAGCAGUUUCUGCAACACUACAGAGCACCUUCAACUCAAUCAGUGCCGGGGAGCAAGAGAUCUCAGCACUGUCCUUGGACGCGGUCUCUAUUUCCAAGAUGAAGACCCUUAACAGCAACAAGGUGGACCACCUGCCUCUGAAUCCCAAGUUUUUCGAGGAGCUGCAGACGUUGCCUGUGGAGGUGGCUGAGCCAGGAGUAAGCAGCAGCUGGACACCUUUCCAACAGUUUUUGUCAAAGUGGGGCUCGCACUACAUCUCGACCAUCUACACGGGCUCCUUGCUGCAGCAAUGGAGCAGCGCCAAGUCUUCCAAAUCCUACUCGCAGCAGCAGUUCAAGGCCCAGGCGUGCCUAAAGCUGGAGGGGCUUCAGUCCGGGGUGGAAGGCUGUGCGGGUGUAAGCCAGGAGAGCAAGCGGGAGUCGGCGAACUUGGAAAUGCACAACAAGCUGUUUGUGAAAGGUGGUACUCCCGAGACUCGAGCAAAACUCACUCAGGACCGGAGCAAGGAACUGAUGUUCACGUUCAUGGAGGAGGGAGCAACCAGCAGCUUGGCUGUGCAGUACAAGUUCACUCCCAUAUGGGAAGUUGUGCUCAGGCGUUUCCCUGUUGGGAGUAGCCAGUGGCAAGUGGGCAGGAACUUACAGGCUUACUACCAGGGCUACUGGGGAUUCCAGUGCCUGACCAAGAGCACUCCGCGCGGUAGUGUGAUCCUGCAGCAGUUUGUAGCUGUCAAGGACAUUUCUGGGGACUCGAAGCACUUUGAGUGCCACAGGGCUUGUGAGGGGUGCAAGAACGACGACGACUGUCAUGUUGGAGGAAUUGGCUUCACUUGCUACUGCUACGGAGAUUCUUGUAUUGUGCUGGAUUCCAAUGGUCGGGCUACAACUCGUACCACCUCACAGGGAGGCACCUGGGAUGGUGUGAACAACAGCUGCAAAUAUGACUCGGCAUCAUGUUCAUGCAAAGGUUACGACGAUGACAAGGAUUGCAGAGGCGGCUGGGUGGUCAUGUGGAACCAGGCUGAAGCUGUUGCGGAUGCUCCAACAAGUAUUGUUGCUGCAGCUGGUGGUGAUGUCAACAUGAGCGUCAACGCUUGUUCAUGUCCUACAUGA